CAGUCCUCUCGGCUGUCGCGCGCUGAAUGGCUGGCGGUCCGCAGCGCCCGGGUCUCAGGCCUCCCAGCUACAGGUCCGCGGUGCCCCGCGUAGGCGCCCAAGGCGGGCUGGGGAGACCUGCACCCUCCGGCUCCCGUUUCCGCCCUACGCACCGCCCCACUACGCUUCCCGCCACUCCUCUGGCGGUCGCAGUCCUCCUCACGACCCUUGGGAAGGGUGCACUGCGGCCACCAGAGACACCGCAGGAGCCACUUCUCCCUGCGGGCCCAGCCCGCCGAGAGCCUAGGAGCGGGAUCCAUUUACACGGGGUAUUAAUUGGUCUCUGAGGAAUCGUUCGCCCACGUGCCGAUGUAAUUGCCCGAGUCAGGAAGGUAGGCGAGCCGAGCGGUGGACCUACGGAGAAAGCACCACGGCACUGGCGCCGAGAACCCCAGCGCACUCCAGAGCGUCCCCCAGUGGCCGGGCAGGACCACGGAUAGAGCCUGCGACUCCGCUCCGGAGUGGCUCUCGGGGUUCUCAGGGCCGCCGGUAGAGGUACAGCUGCUGGCUGCGCCAGGAUCCUAGGGGCUCAGCUCACCCCACCCCUCCCUCUGAAACUCGGACUGCUUGCGCCUGCCGUGUGGCUGUUUUCUUCCGAAAGGCCAGUGUCUUAUAUCUCAAGUUCAAGUCCUGAGGACUUGCCCAGUCUCCUCCCCUUAAGUCAUUUCUACCAUCCUUCGGCAGCCUCGGGAAUCAACGAGCCUCGGACCGCUCGUCCCACAUCCAACGCGGGCAGUCCCGGUCUGUCCGGUGCAGUAGCCCGGCGCAUUCGCUUCUCACCCUCCCUCUCUUUCUACCUCCCUUUCUCUCUUCCUCGCUUUCCCCCUCUACUUCCCCUCCCUCUCUUGCCUCUUAAGUUUCCUGCACCGUGAAUCCAACUGUGCCAAGCCUAGGCUCCCGCGGAACCAAUCCUGAGCGCGACCCGGGUACUGGGACGCGGACUCUGCCGAGGCUGGACAAGGCAGCGGGACCGGUCCGCGCCCGAGCAUGGAGAUGAAGCGCCAGGGAGGGCAUGUUCGGGACGCCGGAGACGCCAGGCCCGAGUAGCUCCUCCAUGGAGCCUUCGCAGAGCGGUCCCUGCUUGCUGGAUUCGCCCCCAGUCCUGUGCGGCUGCUGAGAGCGCUCCUUGCUCUAUAAAGUGGAUGUCAGGUGGAUCUAUGUUUUUGAAGGAACAAAGACUCAGCGAACGCACCGCCGAGGAAGUUUGAGACGCGGGAGGAUGCAGGCUACGUGCUGGUACGUGCUUCUCCUCUUGCAGCCCACCGUCUACUUGGUCACAUGUGCCAAUUUAACAAACGGUGGAAAGUCAGAACUUCUAAAAUCAGGAAGCAGCAAAUCCACACUAAAGCAUAUAUGGACAGAAAGCAGCAAAGACUUGUCUAUCAGCCGACUCCUGUCACAGACUUUUCGUGGCAAAGAAAAUGAUACAGAUUUAGACCUGCGAUAUGACACCCCAGAACCUUAUUCUGAGCAAGACCUCUGGGACUGGCUGAGGAACUCCACAGACCUUCAAGAGCCUCGGCCCAGGGCCAAGCGAAGGCCCAUUGUUAAGACGGGCAAGUUUAAGAAAAUGUUUGGAUGGGGUGAUUUUCAUUCCAACAUCAAAACAGUGAAGCUAAACCUAUUGAUAACUGGGAAAAUUGUAGAUCAUGGCAAUGGGACAUUUAGUGUUUAUUUCAGGCAUAAUUCCACUGGUCAAGGGAACGUAUCUGUCAGCUUGGUGCCCCCUACGAAAAUAGUGGAAUUCGACUUGGCACAGCAAACCGUGAUUGAUGCCAAAGAUUCCAAGUCCUUUAAUUGUCGCAUUGAAUAUGAAAAGGUUGACAAGGCUACCAAGAACACACUCUGCAACUAUGACCCUUCAAAAACCUGUUACCAGGAGCAGACCCAAAGUCAUGUGUCCUGGCUCUGCUCCAAGCCCUUUAAGGUGAUCUGUAUUUACAUUUCCUUUUAUAGUACAGAUUAUAAACUCGUACAGAAAGUGUGCCCCGACUACAACUACCACAGCGACACACCUUACUUCCCCUCUGGAUGAGGAUGAAUGUAGGGGUGAGACUGAAGCCUGAGGAAUUCAAGGUCACAUGACAGGGCUGUUACCUCAAGAGGAAGGUCCCAUCUGUUGCCUGGAAUGUGUCUACACUGCUGCUCUCGUCAACUGGCUGCAAAUACGCUCGUGGAAAACAAUCUGAUGUAAUUUCUGCCCAGUCAGCUUCAUCUCUCAGUAUAGUUGUAAAUCACCACAGAUUCUAAAGCCACACUUGAAGACAUGCUCUCACACAUAGAUGUACACAGACACACUCUCAUAUACAUUUCAGCUGGCAUCCGUCAUGAUUCUUGUCAAGAGGGCUUUCGUUGUCUGACUCAUAAUGGUUCAGGAUAAACGAUCAUCAAGCAAAAGGAUUAACUAGACAGUGAAUGGUUUUUAGCACUUGCUGUUAUGGAAAUCUCCUUUAAAGUCUUGAGUACAUGCUAAUCAAUAAUCCCCACUCAUGCAUUUCUACUGCUUGGAGUAGCUGUACUGGUAAAUACUACUGUAGGAGUAUAUGCUUGUUAAAAUUGGAAAAAAAAAAUGUGUCUUUAGAGCUCAGUAUUCUUUAUUUUAUGAACACAACAAGUGUAGUAACUUUUUCCAGCAUUCAGUAGGCACAUUCAAGGUGAUACAAGAUGGCUCUUUUUUCUAUGGAGGGAGCCUGUUCUCAGUAAAGAUGAGCAAACAUUUGGAAUUUACACGUGGGCAGACACUGGAUUACAGCUUUCAUCACCAAUCAUUGGACUUUUGCAAAGUUGAGACCAGCUAAGGUUGCUUAAAAUAAGUUCUGAUCAUUAUAUAAGAAGGGAAAUGCCUGACAGACACCAUGUAAGUUAUGUGUCUGUCUUAUCUUUACUACACAUAUUGUAACAAAUUCAAUAUCCUAGUCUUCAUUUGUAUGAAUGGUUUGUAUUGUACAUAGUUUAACCAAGUGUUAUUUGAGCUGCUUAUUAAUAUUAACUAUGUACUUGUCUCUCUGCUUGUUAUUGGUUAAAAAAGAAAAAAAAAGGAUAUGAGGAAUCCAUUCUAUCAAUGUAGCUGUGAACCCCAUUAAAAAGACAAACUUAAUGUACAAAGCAUUUAUUCAGCUCAAGUAUUGUUGACAGCUAUACAUAUACAACAUUACAGUCUGUAUUUAGAUAUUUUAUUUCUGGACAAAUGAAAUGUACAUAAAAAUAAAAUGCUUAAAUUUGAGUUUCAAUAUGUACUUGUGUAAGAUGGUGAUUUAAAUGGUUCUGACAAGAAAAAUGUGUUGGAAUACAGUCAUGGUUUUGCAUCUCAUGUCUCUAAAUUUGUACAGAACUAUCUAAAUUGCUAUUAGUUGCCCAGUCAAAACAACUUAGGAGUUUAAGUCUCAAAACUGGGAAACAGUUGUGGCAUUCAGUAUUACAUACAUUUUUGGUUUGCUGUCAUGCUAGUUGUCCAAGAAUACCAAAAAUCAAUGAACAUAAGGAGAUGAUUGAGGUCUCCUAAAUUAAUUAUAGCUAGUUGUUGUUGUUGUUGUUUUCUUGUACAGCGUCUUUAUUUAGCAGAAUAUUGAGAAGGUAAUUUUUUUUUUUCCGUAAAAGAAAGCCAAGAUGUCUGAAGAUUGUGGCUGACUUUCCCUGAUUCUACUGUAUUGACUCAACUGAGAAAAUUACAAUUACAGUGAAGGGCUUCUAUGCUCAAUUUACAUAUAGCAAAAGGGAUCGAUUUAUCUAUAUAGCAUUAUUUUGGGGCAUUAAGCUUUACUUUUUAAAACUAAUUACCAUACACAAUCCCAGCAAAAUAAACAGAAGAAAAAAUAUGUAAAGUAAUAACCCAUACUUAAGGUCACAAAUUGGGGAUUGGGAUAUGAAAAUUCUCAAAGGUUAACCAAAGAGGUCAAAUUAAGAACAUUCACCCAUUCUCAUUUUCCCUUCAUGCUGCAUAGGGGUAAGUAUGUUUUCAUACAGAGAAUAAUAGAAGUUCUACAGGGAACCCAAUACCACAGAGUUCUAAAGUGAGAACUCAAUGACUGAUUUGACUGAAGAGAGCCUUUAAUUGCCAAUUAAAGACACAUCAUUCUGUUAAGUGUCCAUAUCUCAAAAUCCUCCAACAUAGCUAGACAACCAUUUAUAUCAAUGUAUUAAUUAAUUUGCUGUGGAAUUUAGAAGCUGAUGUUACAACAGACUUCUCUGGCACAAUUGGCAGGAAGAGCUUCAUGAGUCCCAGCUGCAGAACAUAUUUUCCACAGAUUAAACCUUGUUAUUCUGGGGUUUAUUUAUCAAAGUGAUCACUUAAGAGUCAGUUCUCUCUUAACAAAAAGGAGGAUAAGUAAGAAGGCAAAAAUCUUUUCUUUUUUUUUUGGAUCAUUUGAUUAGUGGCCUGUGACUUUCAUUAUGUGGUGUAAUCUGUCCUGUAAUCCAGCAUUCAAGAUAAGAUGAAAAUAUGUUUCAGAAAAAAAAAAAUAUAUGCUUCAGUCUUCACCCAUCUGCCCUACUCUCCAAAGUUCUUAUGAAAUAUUGCUUUUACAUUUUUAUAAACAUAUAGAA